AUGGUGUCCAUCGCAUUGCGGCAUGCCGGUAGACGAUGCGGAUUGACAUCAGCCCCCAGGAGGGUAACGCUGCCUGCGCCCGGGAGGCUACGUGAGAAUGGCAUCUCUUCAUCGCCAUGGCGUUCAAUGAGCAGUUCCACUUGGAGACCAGUUUCUGUGUUAGACGAAUGGGUCGUAAGAGAGGCCCGUCCGAUCAGCUUGCGCCAGCUCAUGGUCUUUGGCCGCUCCCUUACCGAAUCACGACUCUUGAGCUCUGCCAACUAUGUUCGAACUGAGCUGCCGACUCGAAUAGCACAUCGCAUUCGAGACAUGCAACAGCUGCCCUACGUCGUUGUCACGAACCCCCAUAUCAAAGAAGUCUACGAAUUAUACAAUAAUGCGUUCGACACCUUUCGCAAGAUCAAGGAGAUCAAGACUCUCGAGGACAAUGAGAAAUUCUGCCAAAUCAUCAGCGGGAUGCUCAAGGCGCACCUGACCGUCAUACCUAAGCUCUCCAUGGGCAUCUUGGAAAGCAGAGGCAGCAUGGAUGCCAAGGACCUCGACAAAUUCAUGAACACAGUCUUGCGAUCUAGAAUAUCAAGGAGAGUCAUCGCAGAGCAGCACCUCGCCCUCACAGAAACCUACCACUCCCCCUGGUUCUCCCCGGGCGCAAAGCUUUCCGAGUCCGAGUUCAUCGGCGAGGUCUUUAUAAAGUGCAUCGCAAAGGACGUCAUCGAACGCUGCACCCGCGCCGUCCAGAGCCUCGCCCGCUCCACUUACGGCCACGACGUCCAGGUCCCCGAGAUCAAGGUCGAGGGCCACCUCGAGUCCAGCUUCCCCUACAUCCUCAGCCACCUCGAGUACAUCAUCGGCGAGCUCCUCCGCAACUCCGUACAGGCCGUCAUAGAGCGAAGGCAACGGAACAGCAAAGACAACAACAAACCCAAAGAGGCAGACGAUAAACCACCGCCGCCCAUCGAAGUCACCAUCUGCGAGGCGCAGCAGCACGUAAUCAUCCGCAUCUCGGACCAAGGAGGCGGCAUCCCCCGCGAGGAACUCCCCUACCUCUGGUCCUUCUCAAAGGGCCCCCAGAGCCAGCGCCGUCUCGAGAACCUAGGCCGCGUGCCCAAAUUGGCCGCCACCAUGCAGGAGCUCCACGUCUCGGACGAGCUGGGCCGCGCCGACAUGAAGACCCCCAACAGCCACACUCACGCCCACACCCAUGGCAACUCUCUCGCCUCCAUGACGAGCCGGCCGCCCGAUCUGCGGCUGGGCAUGGGCCUGCCUCUGAGCCGGGUCUACGCCGAGUACUGGGCCGGCAGCCUCGAACUGCACAGUCUCGAGGGGUACGGCGUGGACGCCUUUCUCCAGAUUUCCAAGCUGGGCAACAAGAACGAGCAGUUGACGACCAGGGCCACGAUGGAUGCAGUAUAA